AUAAGUGACAAAAAGUAUCUGUUCAAUGCCUGAAUUAGCAACGCGUUGAUUUAAAGAUUUUAAUUUGAAAAAGAUUGAUCAACUACAACUUCUGUCAAAAUUAUUUAUAUUUGUAAUUAAUUAAAUAUUUAUCUUCCAUAAUUAUUUCAACUUUUUUUCUCUGGUGGAUACGAGCCUUAAAAAUCAAAAUCAUAACAAAUCAACCAAAUGAAAAUUGUCCAAAACAAAAUCUCAAAUCAAAACAUAAACAAUAUCGUAGUGCAAAUAAAUACAAUUUUAUUUCGUAUCCGCAACGAACUCUCUGUUUCCAUAAUGGAAACUUCUGACAGUGAAAUCGAAAGUGGCGAACCAAGGAUUUCGAAGAAAAAGAAAGCCGAUCUGGAUCCAUUCACUGAGGUUGAAUUCCUUGACUUGAGUAAUUUAUCCGGGACCGGUUUUGAAGACGUUUCCGAGAGCGAUCUCCUAGCCAUUUCGGCGAAUGAAAACAGUUUUCCACCAACUCAGCAAAAGGAAAACAGUGGAUCUCUUCUUAAUAUGACCGUCAGUGUACCCAUCGGUCACUUCAAGAACAAGCAGUUCCAUUUCGUUGGUGUGUUUUAUAUUCGUUUAUUCCGAUCGCAGCAUUUGACAGAUCCGAUACUUCACAAGGAUGUGUACGGAAAUUGUAUCAGGAGUGUGAUGACGUGCAUCUGGGAAGCAUCCAAAAACUCCAUUGCGCGAGAGAUAAAGGUGGUGUACAAUGACAAUGAACAACUUUUAAGAUGGUCUACUAAAGAAUGCCCAGAUGAGACAGAUUUGGAUAAAUUCGUGUUACUGAAGCACGAAAAAACAAGAAGUUCUAUUCCAUGGAAGACAUUCGGGAUAACGCCAAACUUUUGA